CCAAAAUCAAAAUAAAUCUCGCAUUUUUUUUUAAUAAUUAAUAUCAAAUAAAUUCUAACACCGAAAAAAAAAAAAAUGAAGAAAUUUCUCAAUAAAAAAGGUGAAGGACAAGCAUAACCCUUUUUUGGGAAGUAGACAGCAAAAAUGGAAGUCAUCAACUAGGGCUCCUUCUCUCAACAACUGUACACCUUUAACAUUAAUCCAAUCUUAAAUUAAGACUCAUUUUCUCACCCUCUACAACUGCCUCACCUGUACGGACAUCUCUCGUUGGAGCCUCACAUUCUCAUCGGCGCUGCCACUCUUACUUUGUGUUGGAAAGUGAGUAUUGGAGAUGGUGGAGUCUUCGAGGGGUCACCAAGAGGAAUUCGAAGACGAAGAAGAGGUGACCCACAACAAAGGGAAGGUAGAUGGGAAGAGUAGGGAAAAAAAUAGGUCUAAGCAUUCAGAAACUGAGCAGCGUAGGAGGAGCAAAAUUAAUGAGAGGUUUCAGAUACUUAGAGAGCUCAUACCUCAAAGUGAUCAGAAAAGAGACAAGGCAUCGUUCCUAUUGGAGCUUAUCGAGUACGUUCAGUAUUUACAGGAGAAGAUAAACAUGUAUGAGGAAUCUUACCAAGGUUGGAAUUCGGAACCAGCAAAAUUACAUCCAUGGAGAAAUCAACAUGCGCCUACAGAAACUUUUGUUGAUCUUUCUCAAGCUGUGAAGAAUGGUUCUGAUCUUCCGAAUAAUGUUGUUAUUUCCCCAUCAUUGCUUCCCAGUCAACAAAACUCAUUGGAGUCUGACAUGAAUGUUGCUAUGGCUUACAAAACACUAGAUCACCUCCCCGGAUCAGCUACUCUAUCAGUUCCUCCUAACGUGCCGCAAACAAAUAUGUUUGACCCUAGUGGGAGGCAUGGUGUUCCUAUGCAACCUAUGCAGGAAUCUGUUUCUGAUGACAGUGAAGUAGAUCCUCUGCCACAACCAUUACCUGAAUUGUGGCAAGGUGGGCGUACAACUGCAAGUUCACUGUUAAACAAUGCACUGAGUAUCAAGGAGGGAAAGAAUGGAUCUCUUACAAUGUCAAAUUCUUACUCCCAAGGGGUUUUUGAUUCUUUGAAACAAGCACUGCGAUCUUCAGGGGUGGAUUUAUCACAGACCAGAAUCUCAGUGCAAAUUGAUGUUGCGAAUCAAACAGAUAGUGGACUAACUUCGAUUGCAUCCAGUUCAAAGGAUCACGCAAACCUGUCACUGAACAGUCAGGUAAUGGCAAACAAUCAAGUAACCAGUACAGAUGACAAGUUCGAUCGAGCUCAUAAGAGGCUCAGAAUAGGUGAAAAGUAGUUUAUUUUUUCAGCUGCCUAAUUUUCCUAUUUUAUUUUUUAUUUCUUUAAUUUGGGGGGUGGGGUGAUUCGAGUUGAGAGGGGUAUUGGAUGGGUAUUUUUUUUUUUUGGGGAUAAUUGUACAUGUGUAUGCGGCUUGUGCUAUGCUCCAAUUUCCAUGCGCAUGGAUAACCUUAGAAGAAAGUUUCAGAAAUUCAGUUGCUUGAUUGUACUUCAAUUUGAAUAGACAAUUCCAUGCACAUAGUGAAGCAACUCUCACAUUUGUAAGAUUUA